AUGUCUUCCCAACCAGACAAUGCUUCCCUUUCAGCCCUAGACUUGUUCAACGUGGACGGUCUUGUUGCAUUCAUCACCGGGGCUGGGACAGGUAUCGGGCUUAUGUUUGCCAAGGCAUUGAUCAAGAAUGGUGCUGCCAAGGUAUACAUUGCAGGUAGACGUCUAGAGGUUCUCGAAAAGGCCGCUUCCUCCAUUGGACCAAAUGCAAUACCCGUACAAUGCGAUGUUACAUCCAAGGAGAGUCUUCGGGAAGCGGCCAAGUUGGUCGAAAAGGACUCGGGAUACCUGAACAUUUUGAUUUGCAACUCUGGAAUUACCGGCCCAUCAGCCCCGGCCGUGUCUUCUGAAACGACUCUGGAGGAGUGGGCAGACGGCAACUUUGCUCGGGACGUAAAUGAGUACGUCGAUACGUUCGCCGUCAACACAGUUGCGGUAUGGUACACCACCAUGGCGUUCUUGAAGCUGCUUGGUCGGGGGAACGAGAAGAAGAAUGUCACGCAACAAUCCCAGGUAGUCAUUACCAGCUCGAUUGCCGGCUUCAACAAGACAUCCACUGCCGGUUGGGCUUAUGGACAGUCAAAGACGGCGGCGAUCCUAGCAUCGAAACAGCUUGCGACGGCUUUGCCCCGAUGGAACAUACGGGCGAAUUGUAUUGCCCCUGGAAUAUUCCCGAGUGAAAUGACAGACUCCGUCAUCCAGCAAUACAGGGGUGAAGCAGGAGGAUAUGGCGUAGUCCCGACCACAAUGAUUCCCAUGGGAAGGCUUGGCGAGGAGGCAGACAUGGCUGGAACUAUCCUGUAUCUAGCAUCAAAAGCGGGCUCAUACUGCAAUGGCGUCGUCGUAGUCCUGGACGGGGGACGUCUAAACACGUUUCCGUCAAUCAAUUAG